AUGUCUCCGGCUGAUGAAAACUGGCCUUUAUUUAAAGUAUCCAAAAUAAUUGGAGAAUUUUCUUCAUAUGAACAAGCACUUGCUGCUGAAAGAAUAGCAGUUGCAUCAUCUGAUUCAGAGGAUGCAUUGGAGAGAGGGCCAGGAAAGAGGAAAAUAAAAUUGAAAACUAUUCAUUCUCCACCACCAUGACUAGCAGAAGUACCAAAAUGCGGCACUAUUUUUGAAGAAGACUCAACUAGUGGAAGUUCACCCUUUACUCAAGAUACAUCUAUGCAUUCUAGAAGUCCACCUAAUACUGGUGAUGAUAGCAGUUUGGCUAUUAAUUUGAAGAAUUCCCAAGACUUGUCCAAUGUGGUAACCAUUGCAACUGUCGAUGAUGUUUCAAAUUCAGACAUCAUGAAUAAAUUAGUAGAACUUCAAGCGACACAUGAUCACCUUGAGACUUAACACUCUGGAAAGUGACAGACAAAAAAAAUAUCAAGAAGUUGGUGAAGAUCUAAUGAAAGACUACCUACCAUUGAAAGAACUAGCCCAACUAAUAGAAUUUGACGAAUUUUUACAGUCAAAUGAGGAAGCAUGUAAGCAGUUGGUACAAAAAUACUUACAAUGUGGAGGAAAAAAUGAAGCAGAUUUUCUUAGGCGUAUAUUGUCACAAACUCUCACGAAUUCCUUAGGAACAUUUUGUUCAUGGACAGGGCAAAAAAACAAUUUUCGAAUCAAAGAUACUACAAUUAUGAAACUGAUGCGAGGUGCAGUCUGUAAAGUUUUUUCUUGUUCUGACUGCUUGUUCGAUAAGAUUGUGAUGGAGUGGCUGCGUCAUUCAAAACAGCGUUUGCUGAGAGAGCAAAAAAACUGA